AUGGAUCUAUCAGGCCGUAAUAAGAGCUCGUCCUUCUCUCACAUGGAAUUUAUACUCUUUGGGUUUCCUGGGGUCACAGAGUUCCGACCCCUCCUGGCUCUUCCCUUCUCCUCCAUAUACGCGGUGAUACUGGGUGGUAAUUCUGUGGUUACGUUGCUCAUUGUAUUGGAGAAAAGUCUACACACACCGAUGUAUACACUCAUCUUUUCUCUUCUGGCCGUCAAUGUUGUCUACACCACGGCCAUCACACCCAAGAUGCUGCUAGCACUGUUUGGCCUGGACCAGAUCACCUUGGCUGGGUGUUUGGUGCAGAUGUUUGUUGUAUAUUCCAGCAUCAUGGCCGAGUCCACAAUUGUGCUGCUCAUGGCAGUAGAUCGGUACCUAGCCAUCAUCCAGCCACUACAUUACCAUGAGAUUGUAGGCAAGCAAUUGGUUGUCCACUUGGCAGUCAAUGGAGUGAUCCGUAAUGGUGUAUUUGUGUUCCCUCUGGUAAUUUACGCUGCCCGCCUCUCCUACUGCAGAUCCAACGUCAUCCAUCACUUCCAUUGUGAAAGCAUGAUGCUCUUCAGCCUGGGGUGCGGGGAGUCUAGAGCCCAGAUCAUAGGAUUGGUGGUGAGGACACUCACCAUGUUUUGUGACAUCACCAUCAUCUUCAUUUCCUAUCUGAAAGUCCUUCACACGGUCCUGAGGAUCGCAGCGGGAACGGCUCGGUAUAAAGCUCUCCACACCUGCAGCACCCACCUGGUGGUGGUCGUCCUCAUUAACGCCUUCGGAUGUAUAAUCUCUAUUUUGCAUUUGCUGGGGAACUCCGCCUCCUACAACCUCCAGAAUAUCUGCAGUGCCAUCUACUUCCUAUUCCCGGCAAUGGUGAACCCAUUUAUCUACGGUGUACGGAUGGAGGAGAUCAAGAGCAAUCUACAGAGACGCUGGAGGAAGAAGACACAUAACUCCAUUAGAGACAGAAGACACUGA